GCAGCAGCAACAGCAGCAGCAUUCUCAGGACUGGUGGAAUCGCGAAGUGGAGGCUGGCAGCACCAACGGCGGCGGCGGCGGCGAUGAUAGUGGGAUGAUGGCCACAGCGCUGCAGUACCCUGUGGCCGAGUUCACCAACCGGUCAAAGAUCAGCUGCCUGUCGUUCAACCCGUACAUCAAAUCGCAGCUAGCAUGCUCGGACUAUGACGGCACAGUGUCACUCUGGGACGUCGGCGUUGGCACAUCGACGCUGUCGCUGGGCGAGCACGAGAAGCGCGCGUGGAGCGUGGACUUUUCGCAUGUCGACCCGACCCGGCUAUGCAGCGGCAGCGACGAUGGCAAGGUGAAGAUCUGGACGACAAACAGGCGAGCCUCCGUGAUGACCAUCGAGGGCAAGGCCAACGUCUGCUGCGUGCGGUUCAACCCUUUGCAUGGCAACAUUCUGAGCUUUGGCAGCGCCGACCACAAUGUCCACUGCUUUGACCUGCGCUCGCCCAAACAGCCUCUGUGUGUGCUGCGCGGUCACCGCAAGGCUGUGUCCUAUACGCGGUUUUUGUCGCCCGACGAGAUCAUCUCGGCGUCGACGGAUUCGUCGCUGAAGCUGUGGAGUCUGCGCACGCAGGAGUGCGUGAGGACGUUUUCUGGACACGCUAAUGAGAAGAAUUUUGUUGGACUGACGACGUCGGGCGGAGAUUGGAUUGCGUGCGGUAGCGAGAAUAACACCAUGUACGCGUACUACCGCAAUCUGUCGCAUCCCGCGGUCACGUACAAGUUUGGCAAUUGCAAUCCGGUCACUGGAAUCGAGCAGCCUGAGGAGGAUCCUUCGCUGUUUGUCAGCGCCGUGUGCUGGAAGAAUAGGUCCAAUACAAUGCUUUCGGCAAACAGCCAGGGUAUUAUCAAGGUGUUGGAGCUAGAGUAAAAGUUUCUCUUUUUUUGUUAAGCAUGAUUCAAGUGUUUUUUCAUGCCAUAAUUUAAAAUAUUGCAUUUCUAUAUAAACCGCAGCCUGUCACUCCCGGUUUUUUCAC